AUGCUUCCUAGGCCCAGUGGCAUUACUGUCCAUCACCAAUCUUACAUUCCAGCAACGCCAUUCAAUAAGGAAAUCCAAGACAUGAAGGCUAUCUCACUUCUUCUCGUCGCCACUCUUGCGCUCGUCGCUACAGCUGCCCCCACUGCUGAACCUCUUAACUGUCCCUGCGGCCCAGGCAAGCGUGAUCCCUGGCACCCUGCGUGCUGCCCAGACCCCGCCGCUGUCGCUCCCAAGGUGGCUGAGGUCACUGCUGAACCUCUUGAUUGCCCCUGCGGAGGCAAGCGUGAUCCCUGGCACCCUUCGUGCUGCCGAAAUCCCACCACUGUCGCUCCCAAGGUGGUUGAGGUCACUGCUGAACCUCUUGAUUGCCCCUGCGGAGGCAAGCGUGAUCCCUGGCACCCUUCAUGCUGCCCAAACCCCACCACUGUCGGCCCUAAGAUGGUCUAG